GACCGCGGAGCUGCCGCUGGGGCCGUCAAGGCGGGGACGGGGCCUCUCCCGGCGGGCCGGCGGCGGAGCCCCUCGCAGCCAGGGCUGUACAGCAUGGCGCACAACAAAACCAGCCUACUGAGGGGCCUGCUCUUUUCCAGUCUUCUGCACCUCACACUGAGCCAUGCCGGAGUUUUUCUGGAAAAGGGGCAGGCACUGUCAGUGCUCAAGCGCCCACGACGUGCCAACAAGGGAUUCCUGGAAGAGAUGCUUAAGGGAAACCUGGAGCGAGAGUGCCUGGAGGAGACAUGCAGUUACGAGGAAGCUUUUGAAGCCCUUGAAUCCACGGCUCAGACGGAGGCAUUCUGGUCAAAAUACCAAGCAUGUCAGGGCCUGAGAAAGUCCAGGACAAUUCUGAAUGCUUGUCUAGAAGGUAACUGCUCUCUUGGGCUGGGCCAGAACUAUCGGGGGACAAUUAGCUACACCAAAUCAGGGAUUGAAUGUCAAGUGUGGACAAGCAAAUAUCCACAUAUACCUAAAUUUAAUGCCACCAUUUACCCCAACCUCAUGGAGAACUACUGCAGGAACCCAAGCGGCAACUCAGAAGGCCCAUGGUGCUACACCCGAGACCCAACAGUGGAACGGGAGGAGUGUCCCAUCCCAGUGUGUGGUGAAGACAGGACGACGGUUCCAUUUAUUCCGCGGGUCACGCCACCAGCGCCAGCGGAGCCCUGUGAACAAGAGAAAGGCAUGCUUUACACCGGGACCCUCUCAGUGACCCUGUCUGGAGCUACGUGCCUGCCGUGGAACUCUGAGACAGCCAAAGAGGUGCUCCACGGGAAACACAUCGACCCAGAGGUGCAGCUGCUGGAGAAUUACUGUCGGAAUCCAGACAGAGAUGACGAGGGUGUCUGGUGUGUCACAGCUGAGCCACCCAACUUUGAAUAUUGCAAUCUGCACUACUGCGACAGCUCGCUAGAGGAUGAGAAUGAACAGUUGGUGGGAAUAACAGGACGUACUACCCUUCCUCAAGAGUUCAAAACCUUCUUUGAUGACAAAACUUUUGGUGCGGGCGAAGCAGAUUGUGGCACUCGUCCUUUAUUUGAGAAGAAAAAUGUAAAGGACAAAAGUGAGAAGGAGCUGCUGGAGUCCUACAGAGGCGGCAGAGUUGUCCAUGGGGAUGAUGCAGAAGUUGGCAGCUCCCCCUGGCAAGUGAUGCUCUACAAAAAGAGUCCUCAAGAGCUGCUGUGCGGUGCCAGCCUCAUCAGUGACAGCUGGAUCUUGACUGCAGCUCACUGUCUUUAUUAUCCCCCCUGGGACAAGAACUUAACUACAAAUGACAUCUUGGUGCGAAUUGGCAAGCACGUAAGGUCAAAGUAUGAAAAGAAUAAAGAGAAGAUUGCUCUGCUGGAUAAAAUCAUCAUCCAUCCCAAGUACAACUGGAAAGAGAACAUGGACCGAGACAUUGCACUCAUGCACUUGAAGAGACCCAUCAUCUUCAGUGACUACAUCCAUCCUGUCUGCCUGCCUACCAAAGAGGUCGUGCAGAGGCUGAUGCUGGCGGGUUACAAAGGACGGGUAACUGGUUGGGGAAACUUGAAAGAAACCUGGGCCACCAGCCCAAGCACCCUGCCCACAGUUCUGCAACAGCUCAACUUGCCCAUUGUCGAUCAAGAUACCUGCAAAGCAUCCACCAAAGUUAAAGUCACUGACAACAUGUUCUGCGCAGGUUACAGUCCUGAAGACUCAAAGAGAGGAGAUGCCUGUGAAGGGGACAGUGGGGGACCUUUUGUAAUGAAGAACCCAGACGACGACCGUUGGUAUCAAGUGGGAAUAGUUUCAUGGGGAGAAGGCUGUGACCGAGAUGGCAAAUACGGAUUUUAUACCCAUGUAUUCCGCCUGAAAAAAUGGAUGAGAAAAUCCAUCGAGAAACAUGGGCGAUAGAGGAAGCGUUUACCUUGCUGGCUCCCAGUUUUGCUACAGUGUUCCACUUCUUAAAAACGUAAGCAUAGAACAAUGAAGUAGAACAGUUAUAUCCUUACAACUCGACAAAGGAAAGUGUUCUCCCUUGAAAAUAAAAGUUCUCAAACCUA